AUGGUGGCCCUCAUCCCUAGAGAUGAGCGGGCCAAGUACGAGGUCAAGGAGCAGAUCCCCUGGAACCCCAUCCAAGAGGACGUCAACAUCAAGAACGCCAGCGGGGUCGUGACGCAGGCGCCCCGGUAUUACGCCUUUGCGCCCCCCGGCAACUAUGGGAUCGUCCCCCAAACGUGGGAGAACGGCAGCCAGUCGGACGCGGCCAUGGGGCUGCUGGGGGAUGACGAGCCGCUGGACGUGCUGGACAUCGGGGAGGCGAGGGCGCCGAUUGGAGGCGUCUACCGGGUCAAGGUGCUGGGCGUGGUCCCGCUGAUAGACCGCAACGAAACGGACUACAAGGUGCUCGUAAUCAAUACGCGUGACCCCCGGGCUGCCCAGCUGGACGACAUCUCCCAGGUCCCACAGGCCACCCUCAAGACCAUAUACACCUUUUACAGGGACUACAAAGGCGCGGAGGGCCGCCCCUCCGCCUCCUUCUACCAAGGACCCAUCCUCGGGCCGGACGGCCGCCCCUCCACGCGCCCCAACGGCCGCUUCCUGGGGAGAAACUUCACACUGGGGGUGCUGGGCCGCAGCCACGCGGCCUGGCAGGGGCUGGUGGCCGGUGGCUGCGUGACACCCGGGUGUGCGGCGAUAUGGUGGCCGGGCAAAGCGGCAUGA